UGCACCAUGGAAAUGAUUCCCUGAGCGAAAACUUAUGGCACGGUUUUUAAUUGUACCAACAGCUAACUAAUGAUAUUGCAGCAUGAAGAAGGAGCAAGUUGUCAACUGUCAGUUUUCGGUUUGGUAUCCGAUAUUUAAGAAACAUACGAUUAAAAGUCUGAUUCUUCCACUGCCUCAGAAUGUAAUAGACUAUUUACUGGACGAUGGGACACUGGUAGUCUCUGGAAGUGACCACAACACACAGCAGACACAAACUAACAACAGCGACUCAGAUGCAGAGGAAGACAUUCAGUGGUCAGACGAUGAAACAACUACAACAGUCACUGCUCCUGAGUUUCCAGAGUUCACCUCUAAAGUGCUGGAGGCCAUAAACAGCCUGGGUGGGCGUGUAUUCCCUAAACUCAAUUGGAGCGCACCACGGGAUGCGAACUGGAUUGCUCUGAACAGCUCCCUGCAGUGUCGCAGCCUCAGUGAUAUAUUUCUGCUCUUCAAAAGUUCCGACUUCAUCACGCAUGACCUCACGCAGCCAUUCCUUCAAUGCAGCGACCAGGACUCCCCAGACCCAGUCAUCAACUAUGAGCUGGUACUGAGGAAGUGGAGUGAGCUGAUUCCUGGCGGAGAGUUUCGCUGCUUUGUCAAAGAAAACAAGCUGAUCGCUAUCUCCCCGAGAGACUACACGCAGUAUUACCAGCACAUCCUGAAGCAGGAGGAGCAGAUAAGCCAGGCCAUUCAGGACUUCUUCAGCCAGCACAUCCAGUACAACUUCCUGGAUGAAGACUUUGUGUUUGAUGUUUACAGAGACAGCCAGGGGAGGGUGUGGCUCAUCGACCUGAACCCAUUCGGAGAGGUGACUGACUCGCUGCUGUUCACCUGGGGCGAGCUGACGUCUGGAGAGGUCGCAGAGCAGCAGGAAGGCCCGGCGUUCCGCUACACCACCAGCGAGGUGACGGUGCAACCCAGCCCCUGUCUGAGCUACAGAAUUCCACGGGACUUUGUUGACCUCUCCACAGGAGAGGAUGCAUACAAACUUAUCGACUUCCUCAAGCUGAAGAAAAGCCAACAGGAAGAGUCUGAGGAGGAGGAGGAAGAGCAGGAGAACGCGCCACAGUGACAUCAGCGUCAUCGGCUCUCCAUAUAAAAUCUGCAUGAAGUGACUCUUCACCCUCUCUUCUGUUUCAGCACCAGUUCCUUCUACUUUUUUUUUUUUUUUUAAAUCUCAGAAUGGUACGCGGUGUACCCGGGAUUUCCUAAAUAGCUCCUUCACAUUACUCGAAUGGAGCAUGUUAAAUUAGCAGAUCGCGUUACCCGUUCCUUAGGGACUCAUUUCCUUCGACACUGCCUAGCGCCUUAUUGCCGAUCUUAAUAGAGGCCUCUGCCGUGUCCAGGGGUUGGUUAUUUCACUUUUUGACUGUGUUACUGUAAAAUGAUGUAUUCAUUAACAAUGUAAAGAAUGUUUGCUUUUAUACUUUGAGCCUGUGGAGUAGUCUGUGUAUCUUUAUCACAUCUCAAAAACAGUCUCUCUUGGUUUGAAAUCAAUUUGAUACACACACACACACACACACACACACACACACACACACACACACACACACACACACACACACACACACACACACACAGUGUCAGUUUGUUUCUUUACCUAUGGGGCUGACAGACUUCUCUAUUUAGCACCAAAGCCCUUCAUCACUGAGUCACCUUUAAUUUUCUUGCCAGAAAUCCCAGCUCCUCCAUCUUUCCCUGCCAAUUUCCUCUGAGCAGUUUUGACACAGUCAUUGCUCCCAGCGCUCAUUUGGAGUCCUGUUAUUUCUUUUUUCUCUCUCCCCUCAUCACGCAUCAAUGUAGACUGUUGCUCCAAAGAACACCAUUAAACUUCUUUGUCGUGUAUUGACUCGGCUGUCAGUCUGGUGGGUGCUGUAAACCAGCACAUUAGAAAUUGAUUGCACUGUUACGCAACAGCUCUCAUUACCCCGAGAGCUAAAUGAGCUCCGCACGCACGACACAGGGCAGUACUUUUGUUUCUUUUCCUUUUUUCCCCCUUUUCCUCUUCACUGGAUUGAUGGAGCAAUUAUGGGGAGAUGAAAGAGUGGGUGUCAGAGGUACAGCUCGCCAGGUAAACCGCUGUGGACGAGCAGCAACAGUGUGCAUGACACAAAUAUUGUGAAUAAUGUCAUCAUUAUGAAACUGAAACGUGUAUGUAAACAUCCAGUUUGACCUGCAAAUAAGGACGAGCUUGUCUGCUGAAAUGUGACAAAGGGUAUUUGCUGCUGGGGGGAGGGGGCAAAUCACAAAAUCUGAUCGUGAUCAUAAAGACUAAAUAAAGGGUAAAUACAAAGCUUA